CAUGAAAUUGGUGAGAGCGAAAAUCAAUUUCAAGGAUUGAAGGAAGAAGACGAGAAGGAAAAGAAAGAAGUUUCAGUGUUUGAGGACGGAGAGAGUCAGAUGGAUGAUGACGGAUCUGAAUCUGAUACUCUCCCGUCUCCAGGCAUAGUCAUCGCUGAUAGUGAAUAUGAGGAAAGCUCGUUAGAUGACGAGCCCAUGCGAGGAUUUGGGAGCGAAUCCGAUGAAGAGCAGGAGGCUGGGCCAGAGGAGGGGCAGGGCAGAGACUGGGUGCCUGGUUUUGACAUGGGCAGCCACUCUGGUUUUGACCAAGGGGAUGGCGUGGUCCAACACAUUCCAAGGCUCCUCUCCCACAAGGAAUACAAAGUCCUCAUCUCUGCCUGGUUGAAGGACAGCAGCAGCACCCGGGAUGGUCGCUGCAGCACUCGGGAUGGUCGUAAUACCUGUCGAGAUGCUGGCAGCAGCAGCAGCAAACGCAGGAGGAGGUUCAGGAACUGGGGCAGACAUUACGGAUGAAAAAAAUUGGCUAGGGAUUCCCUUUCUAAAAGUGGAAAGUAUGCUGCUAUUUAUAGAAUAGGCUUUGGGGGAAUUUU